AUGAAUGUCAACACUGCAGAAAUAAUCAAGGCCGCUGUUCCAGAAGCGGAGGGGCGGAAUGCGCGCAUCAUCUCACAGAAUGUGCAAGACAACAGAGAUCCCAAUUUUUUGUCCAGCGAUUUUCCGCGAAACCCCCCAAAGCUAUAUAUAACAGCGGAAAGUGACGACUUUGACGCUGUAACCUUUGCGGAAUGGCAAGCUGAAGGGUUUGACGUUGAGUACCUUCCGAUGGGUAAUGGCGGAGAUGAAUACCUGCAGAAACUGCGAGGGCUGCGAGGGAAUCAGACCAUUAGCGCGUUUGAGACUUUUGGCAUCAUCGCAUUUGGUGACGCAGCCGCACUUUGUCUGAAGCACUACCACGUGUUGGACAACAACCCUGACUUCAAGCUCAGGCUUCUCAUUGCCUACUAUCCAACCGAAAUCCCAGAUCCACAGGGCCGCUUCCCAAACAACAUCACAGCACUGGUGCAUUUCAUCGCCGGAGAAGAUGUCGGCGUCACGAAGCAGACGCAGAUGGUUGGCAUCCAAGGGAAGAAACGCACAAGCCGUAGGACUAUUCAGCCCGGCAUAGGCACGGGCGGCUUGCUGCAACUCGCCUUUCCCAGCUAUACUUACCAAGCACAGGCGGGAUUUGCUGAGCAUGACUUGGAUGAGUAUAAUAUGAUUUGCGCAGACUUGGCGUGGAGUCGAAGCUUGGGUACGGCGAGGAGAGCAUUUGCGCAGACGGUGGAUUUGGAACAUGUGUGGGAGGAAAAUGUGCAAGGCAAAUUCUUCACACACAAUCUUAAGCCGACAAUGUCUACCUACACAACGCAUAAGAGUCCACAUGUCACCUAUAUCCCUACCCUGACUGGGGGCAUUGGGGCCGAAGAACUGCAAGAAUUCUACUCUGAAUAUUUCGGCAAUCCAAAGUCACUCAAGUUAACGCUAAUAUCUCGUACCAUCGGGGCCGACCGUAUCGUUGAUGAGAUUCACGUUCGAUUCAAGCAUACCCAAGAGAUGCCUUGGAUCUUACCCGGAGUACCACCCACCCAAAAGAUAGUCCGGAUUCUUGUGGUCAGCAUCGUUACUCUAAGAGGGGGCAAACUCUAUCAUGAACACGUAUACUGGGACCAAGCUAGCGUGUUGGUACAAAUUGGAGCUCUAGAUCCUAACGUGGUGCCAGAGGCGGCUCGGAAGAUUGGAAUCAAGAAAUUGCCCAUAGUUGAUGGCGCUGCAGCUUCAAGAGUGUUGAAAGGUUGGGAUCCUGAAACAGAGGGAGAGGCGGACAAUGAGUUGAUACCCGGGUGGCAUGAUGACGAGGACGAAGAUGAGGACGAAGAUGAGGGCGAAGAUGAAGCCGGAGAUAAGUCGGCAGGUAAGAAACCUGUAGGACACGACGAGGCUGGAGACGACGUCGGCAAAAGCAAGUCAGCCGAAAAGUCAGCCGAAUGA